AUGACAGUGUUGUGGGUUAGUGGGAGGGAUAUUUGGGGUAUUUCAGCUCUCCUGCUGUUGUCUCUGACAUACUGUGAGAGUUUAGUCCAGCAGGACGAUGCUCUUUCCACUGCUGUUAUGGACGGCAUUGCUCUGUCACAUCUCAGAUGUGAUCUGGUCAUCGACCAUUCUCCUACGUUUUCUGUUUUAGCUCCAGCAAGGAUAAGACCUGGAACAAAACAAGGAAUCCUUCUGGAAGGUCACAAACUGUCCCAGGCAGUAGAAGUCUCCAUCACGAUCCAUGAUUAUCCAGCCUCCCAAACUUCCUUAAUGACGGGCUCUGUUAUCCUCAAUUCAGACAACAACUACAGCGCCCUCAAAACCAUCGAGAUUGAUCCCAAUUUGCUUCAAUCAGAUGGAAAGAAGAAAUAUGUGAAGCUAGUUGCUAAGUUUGGUAGUUACCACCAUGCAGAAAGAGUAUUAAUGGUCUCAUUUCGCUCUGGAUACAUCUUCAUUCAGACUGAUAAACCGGUUUACAACCCUGGAGACACAGUGCGUUGCAGAGCUUUUGUGUCUGAUGCUGAAUUCCAUGCUGCUGAGAGGACAAUUUCUCUGGAGAUUCAGAAUCCAGACGGUAUUGCAGUAUAUGGUAUGUCCAGAGCCAAAGCAAUCGACGGGAUACUUUCUAACACCUACCCCCUCUCAUCUGUAGUCAAAGAGGGCAAGUGGAAAGUGGUUGCAAAGUUUGAUCAGGGAAAAGAAAACAUUUUCAGCCGAGAGUUUGAAGUCAAGAAAUAUGUGCUCCCGGCAUUUAAUGUCACUUUGUCUCCAAAGACAUCCCACCUCAGACUAGAUGCAGAAAAGCUGGAGGUAGAAAUAACAGCCAGGUAUCUUUAUGGUGAACCAGUGAAAGGUGUUGCAUAUGUGCUGUUUGGUAUUGAAAUUGAUGGUGAAAAGAAGAGACUCACAUCUAUGAAGCAACUAAAUGAUCUGAAUGGAGGAAAUGUUAGUUUGACUAUGGAAGAGAUAAAGAGAGCCUAUCCAGACACAAACAGCCUACUGGGGUCUUCGGUGUACGUCAAAGCAUCAGUAUUGACCAGCUCAGGUAGCGACCUUGUGGAAGCAGAGAAAUCUGGUAUUAAAAUAGUAAUGUCACCCUACGUGCUCUCCAUCAGGGACACACCAAAGUAUUUCAAACCUGGCCUGCCGUUAAGCAUGACGGUUACUGUGAGUGACCACGAUGGAUCUCCAGCCCGUAAUAUUCCUGUUAAAAUCAAAUUUUUUGAAAGCCCAAUCACCGCACACAGCGGCACCAUCAAAGUCUCCGUCAACAUGCCUGAAAUGUCUAGCUCACAGAUACUCAAAGUGGAGACAGCAGAUCCUUCACUGAAACCAGAACAGCAGGCCAUUCAAGAGAUGAGUUUGGAGCCAUAUGCCUCUUUUAAUCACUACAUGAACUACUUGCACAUCUCAGUGGGCGGCAGUCGAGUCGUGGUGGGUGACACACUCAACAUCCAAGCUCACAUCAAAUCUACUUCAUCACAACAAAAAAAACUUGUGGAGCACCUAACAUAUGCCGUCUUAAAUAAGGGAAAUAUAAUCCAAGCUGUUAGGAUGAAUGUCAGAGACCUGGAUGUCAUAAACAUUCCUCUGCUAGUAACCUCAGAAAUGCUACCUGCAUUUCGCUUUGUGGCCUACUACAUUUUGCCAUGGCAGUACAGGGCAGAAGUGGUGGCAGACUCUGUGUUUGUGGAUGUGGAGGACCGGUGUGUAGGUUCGCUUAGUGUUGGUCCAGUGGAGAGAGAAAAACUCAGUUCAUACUCACCAGGCAGCAGCAUUACACUUGAAGUAAAAGGAGACCCGGGGGCAAAGGUCAGCCUGGUUGCUGUGGAUAAUGCCAUCUUUCUGUUGAGUAAAAACCGUCUAACGCAGAAGAAGGUGUGGGAGGUGGUGAGUCAGGGAGAUAUGGGCUGCACCGCAGGAGGAGGCGGAAAUAAUAUGGCUGUUUUCAGUGACGCAGGACUGAUGUUUCAUUCCAGCACAGGGGGAUACACAGACUACAAAAAAGAUUGCUCCAGUAGAUCUAGAAGACGACGUUCUGCUGCCAAACUGCAGCUCAAAGAGCAACUGGAGAAGGUAUAUACGGAAGAGCUCCUGCAGAGAUGUUGUGUGGAUGGCAUGAGGGAGAUUCCCAUGCCAUAUUCCUGCUACCGUCGCUCCCUCUACAUCACCGAGGACUGGAGCUGCGUGUUGGCUUUCCUUCGCUGUUGCGCGGAGUACAGAGGGGAGGAGCUUGGUGUUGUUACCAGGCCUCCGCCAACCACCCCUCCACCAACCACCACGGACUACAGGUUUCACACAGUAUAUUUAGAGGAUCAUGUUUUUUUUCAUGUUCAUUCCAUGCCAAAGCUUUUUAGUCUUCCUGGGCGUAUGGGAUCUCCCAUGCUUGAAGCGCGAGAGGACAUUUAUGAUGAACACAUCGUAGAAGAAGAAGAAGAGGAGGAGGUGCAAAAGUUCGAGGAAGACGAUUUAGAUGAUUUAGAGGACAUUUACGUGCGUAGCAAGUUCUUUGAGUCAUGGCUGUGGACUGACAUUAGAUUACCCAGCGUUCCCAAGUCUAAUGGGUUGGCUGUGCUUCCAGUGAACACCGUUCUUCCUGACAGCAUCACUCAGUGGGGGUUUCUAGCCAUCAGUGCUUCACCUCAGACAGGUUUCUGUGUAGCUGAGCCGUAUAACGUCCGGUCGUCAAAGCCGUUCUUCAUAGACCUGCGGCUGCCUCACUCAGUGUCCAGAAAUGAACAUGUGGAAAUCAAAGCUGUGGUGCACAACUACAGGAACUCCAAACUGGAGGUCAUGGUGAUCCUGGAUAAGACAGAGGACAUGUGUAGCGUGGCAUUUAGCGGACAGCACAGACAGCAGGUCUCGGUACCGGCCAGCUCCUCCAAGCUGAUUUCAUACACCAUCAUCCCUCUUAAAACAGGAGAGCUCCCCUUGCAGGUCACUGCCGUCGCCGCCUCCGUCAUGGGACAGGAUGCAGUGAGGAAGAAUCUGCGUGUGGUAGUCGAAGGCAUCCAGACAAUUAAAGUGAGAAGCUUUGUGCUGAACCCCUCUGAGAAAGGAGACAGCGCUGGUAGACAGCAGAUAGAAGUGGAGAAGAUGCAGUUGGACGCCGUUGUGCCGAAAUCUCUGCCGGAGACAUUUGUUAACGUCAGAGGUGAUUUGCUGGCAGACAGCAUUGAUAACUCCAUUAAGGAGGACUCUCUGGCAGCGUUGAUCCGGAUGCCCGGCGGCUGUGUGGAGCAGAACCUGGCUAGAAUCACGCUGCCGCUCAUUGCCGCCCAUUACCUGGACCGCAGUGGAAACUGGGACGCAGUGGGAAUAGAUCGCAGAGAAGAGGCCAUCAAAUACAUCCAAAAAGGGUAUGAAAAUCAACUUAAUUACCGGAAAAGGGAUGAUUCAUAUCCUCCCUAUUCUAAAGAAGGCACCAGCACAUGGAUCACUGCAUAUGUGGUGAAGGUUUUCUCCAUGGCAAAAUCAUUUAUUAGCGUCGAUGAGAAGCAUCUGUGUGGCCCUCUGGUGUACCUGCUCAAGAACAAACAGCGUCCUGAUGGAUCCUUUCGGGAGGACAACCCUGUGUACGACACCAGUAUGACGGGAGGCCUGCAGGGCUCUGAAUCCAGAGUGUCUCUGACCGCAUUCGUGCUCAUUGCUUUGGCAGAGGCACAAAAUUCUGUUACCUGCCAAGAGCCAGACCUCGACAUACAGGACAAAUCCAGAAAAGCAGCAGUGUAUCUAAGAGAGCAUUUCCCCCGACUGACGAGGCCAUAUACAGCUGCUAUAGCAUGCUACGCUUUAGCUGUAUCCAACCACGGCUGCAUAAAGAGCAUGUUACUAAAAUUAGCUUCGCCUGAUCGUACCCACUGGCCUGACUCUAGUAAUUAUUUCUUCAAACUGGAAGCUACUGGUUACGCAUUGUUAGCGCUGAUCAAAGGUGGUCACAUGGAAGAUGCAGCCGCCCCUUUUCAAUGGCUGAACGAGAACCGUGGCAUUGGGGGCGGAUACGGCUCUACUCAGUCCACUAUGGUGGUGCUCCAGGCCCUGUCUGAUUACCUGGUGAAGAGGCCUCCUCCUGAUGACCUCAAUCUGUUGGUGCAGCUCAGUGUUCCUGGUCGUAGUGACGUACGCUGGACAUUCAAUCCAAAAAUGGCAUAUCAGGCCCGAUCUUCACGGGUUCCUCUUGACCAGAAAUUCACAGUGGAGGCUUCUGGGAAGGGCAAGGGAGUUUUGGAGGUAGUGACAGUGUACCACCAGCUUCCAGAUGUGUAUGAGAACAGCACGUGUAAUGGCUUUCAGAUGGACGUCUCCAUCGCUGAGACUAAUGAAAAAACCCCACCAGAUGUAGAAAAGUCAUACAGACUCAAUAUCAAUGUGAGGGCACUUGAGGGGCGUCAAGUAAGGAUGGUGAUUCUUGACAUCGGUCUGCCCACCGGCUUUGAGCCUGAAAAUUCAGAUUUAGAGAUGCUCACAAAUUCAGUGGAUCGCUACAUAAACAACUUCCAAGUGGUGGACAACCUGAGCGACAGAGGAUCCCUCAUAAUUCACCUGUUUAAGGUGUCCAGUACUCAGACAGACACAAUCUCGUUCAGACUGCAUCAGAAAUUUAAAGUGGGACUCCUUCAGCCUUCUACCGUCACAGUGUACCAGUACUACAACAAAGAUAAACGCUGUAGCAGGUUCUACUCUCCUCCCGAAGACAAACAGCAGCUUGAUCAGAUCUGCAAAGACAGUGUGUGCCGCUGCUCACAGGGUGACUGUUGUGUAAUGAAGCAAGACUCUGCAUCUUUUAGUAAAGACCAGCGAAAGGCCGCAGUAUGCGAUGGAUUACAUCACGCGUACAAGGUCAAACUGAUCAGCGUCAGCCAGAGUCACUACGACCAGUAUGAGAUGGAGAUUAUGGAGGUCAUGAAAGAGGGAACUGAGGAAGGGCUAACUGAGCAGGAAAGGAGGACGUUCCUCUCUCAUGCGAGCUGUAGGACAGGACUUGAUUUGAGAGAGGGACAGGACUAUCUGAUCAUUGGGCCCAUCACUGAUGUUUGGCAUGCAGGGAGCACGUCCAAAAAGUAUGUGUAUACGCUGGGUAAGGACACGUGGGUCGAGCGCUGGCCGUCCGAGUCUGAAUGCGGGGCUGGAUCCACACUGGAGGAGAAAUGCGGCGCACUGAAGAGCUUCGAGAAGGCAAUGACAGAAAGCGGCUGUCAGACUUGAGACAGAUGUUGGCAAAACUGGAUUUUGAGUCUGCGGCAUUUUACGAUGCAUUAAAAAACUAACUAAAAAAAUAUGCUAACCAUAUGCUAGCCAGUUAUUUACUGCUUCAUGUGAAACAGAAUGAUUGUAAUAACAAACUAAUAACCUGAGCUCCUAUUAUACUGUAUAUCAAAUAUAAAAGUGUUACAAAACUGU